AUGACCAGAGUUCCGCGAGGAUAUAUAGCUCGAAGACGACGAACAAAAAUGCGUUCAUUUGCCUCAAACUUUAGAGGGGCUCAUUUAAGACUUAAUCGAAUGAUUACUCAACAAGUAAGAAGAGCUUUUGUUUCUUCUCAUCGAGAUAGAGGCAGGCAAAAGAGGGAUUUUCGUCGUUUGUGGAUCACUCGGAUAAACGCAGCAACACGGGUAUAUAACGUAUUCGAUAGUUAUAGUAAAUUAAUACACAAUCUGUACAAGAAGGAAUUGAUUCUUAAUCGUAAAAUGCUUGCACAAGUAGCUGUAUCAAAUCCAAAUAAUCUUUACACGAUUUCCAAUAAAAUAAAGACCAUCAAUUAA